AUGUGCAUUUUUUUCAGUCCUAACUCCGUCAUCUCUUCCAUUGAUACUGCAGGAUCGAUAAGCGACAGCUUCUAUAUCAACAGUGAUGUGGUAUCGUUAGCAAACGGUGAGCUUCGUAAUUCAUUAUUUUAA